UCUGUUCUGCUCAGAUGAAAAGAAGUUAAAAAAUCCUGCUGUCAGGAGAGACAGGCUGAGAAAAGCUGAAGAAGGAGAGACGGCUGCUAGAGAGAACACAACCCGAGAGCGGCCCGUCGGGGGCACCCGGCUGCGCUCUGCUCUCAGGGAGGAGCUGAGGAUGAUCCACGAGAAGAUGGUGGCCAAGAGGAUCGCUCGCAUGGCUCUGGCCGAGAUCAGGGCCUUCCUCGCCGAAGAAGAGGAGAAGAAGGAGGCAGCCUGGGAGCUGAAGAUGAAGACGCUGGAGGAUGCACAGGAGCAGCUGAGGGAGGAGAGGAGGAGGGAGGCAGAGAGGCAAAGGAUAGAGAAAGAAAAGGCAGAGAAGGAGAGGGUAGAGAAGGAGAAGGCAGAAAGGGAAAGGAUAGAGAAAGAGAAGGCAGAAAGGGAAAGGAUGGAGAAAGAGAAGGCAGAGAAGGAGAGGAUCAGAGAGGGAGAGACUUGAGAAAGAAAGGAUUGCCAAAGAGAAAGCGGAGAAAGAGAGGCUGGAGAGGGAACGCAUCGCUAAGGAAAGAGAGCGAAUCGCCAGAGAGAGAGAGCGGCAAGAAAAAGAACGAGUCGCCAAAGAAAGAGCAGAAAAGGAGAGGCUGGAGAGGGAACGCAUCGCCAAAGAAAGAGAGAGAAUCGCAAGGGAGAAGGAGAGGGUGGAGAGAGAGAGGGCCGAAAAGGAGAGGCAAGAGAAGGAACGAAUGGCCAAAGAGAGAGCAGAAAAAGAAAGGCUAGAGAGAGAACGUAUUGCCAAGGAAAGGGAGCGAAUCGCCAGGGA